AUGACAUUUGUUUCUGUUCAAGUUACUUUUUUGUACUGCUGCAGUACAUCUCUAUCAUCGGCUGAGAUUAGUCCUUGUGCAAAAUGGAGUCCACAUGGUAAAACAGUGGCUGGUAAUGGUCUUGUCGGUGAUACGCUGACUCAACUGGCCACACCCAGAGGAAUUUUCAUAAUGAAAAGAAUGAAUACAUUGUAUAUAGCUGAUUCAGGCAAUUAUCGAGUUCAGAUGCUACCAUUGAGUCAAUCAUCUAAUUUGGCUACAACUGUUGUAUUCGAUGUUAGAGAACCAUCGAAGAUUUAUGUUGAUGAUGAUGAAAAUGGACCAACAAUUUACAUUUCAGUUUUCAUUGGAAAUCGAGUUGAAAAAUGGACGAAAGAAGCAUCAAAAGGUAUUCAAUUAGGUGAUGAAUGUCGAUCAUGUUUUGGUAUAGCAGUAGAUAAAGAAAAGAAUGUUUACAUGUCAGAAUUAGAUAGAGAAGAUGUAUUAAAAUGGUCACCUCAAACGAAUUUGACGAAAGUUGUUGCUGGUCAAACAGAUCAACGAGGAACAACGGACAAAUAUCUCAGUUCACCUCAUGGACUUUAUUUUGAUCGAAACAGUGAUACUUUAUACAUAGCUGAUUCAGGAAAUAACAGAAUUCAAAAAUGGAAAAAGGAUGCUUUAUCAGGCAGUCAAGUCGCUGGAUCGAAUACAUCUACUCCGAGUGCUGAUACUGGAUCCUUAGAUGAACCUGAAGGUGUUUGGGUUGAUGAACUAACAAAAAUUGUUUAUGUAGCUGAUACAAUGAAUAAUCGAAUUAUUCGUUGGCUUCCAAACACGUCUGUAGGCGACAUCAUUGCGGGUGGAGAAGGUUCAGGCAAUGCAACUAAUCAAUUCAAUUCACCGAGCGAUUUAGCAUUCGAUAGCGAAGGGAAUCUGUAUGUAUGCGAUACUUGGAAUCAUCGUGUACAAAUGUUUUCGAUCAUUGACAAUAAACCAUGUUCUUCAACUUCAACAGGAAAGAGGCAAAUAUACAGUAAUUGGAUAAUGAUCACAAUAAUUCUGUCAAUAUUAAGAUGUAUCAUUGAAGGACUAUUUUAA